AAGAGGCUCCUGAUGGUCUGAAUGUGUCCGCAUGUGAUUGAGCUGAUAUUAUCAGCAGACACUUACUUAAAGCAGAGGCGGCAGAGGAGGACCGGGGGCGUUUCCCUGAGCCGCUCUUACCUUUAUAGUCCUGACCUCACCUGUCAGGGUGAGACUCCUCGGCUGUAAAAAUCGUGCAUGUCCACAGAAACGCCCGGAAAGUGAAACAAAACAGCGACAUGGACUCUCCAGCCAAGGACUCCCCCGUCAGACCGGGAUUCUACCGACACGAAGUGCAGAAAACGACCUGGGACAUCCCGGAGAGAUACACGGCGCCGCGACCGAUCGGCUCCGGAGCUUAUGGGACGGUUUGGUAAGUUUUACCCGGGAAAGGGUGCUUGAGUGGGGGCAAAGUGACGAGGGAGGUGUCGCAGGCUGUGUGUCAACCUUUAAAAGAGUUUUUAACCAGUGUUUGAACUUUCCUUUGUAACAUCCUAAUCCUAUUUAUUUGAGUAAAUCUGAAAUCUAAAAUGACAUGAAAUGCUGGACUAAAACCAGUCUUUAUCUCACCCCUAAACAGUUACUUCUGACAGAAAUGAAGCACGUAAAAGCUCAUCCAGCUUCGUGAUUAUUAUAUGCACGCUGUGAUUCUGCUUAAAGCUAUAAAAUAACAGCUAUAGUGUGUCUGCUGCUAUAAUGUCUCUCCUGUGUUCCACUCAAAAAGCAUUAUGAUAGACCUAAAUGUUUUCCCAUAAGCUGUCUACAUGUAGUGGGCCUGCAGUCCACAUUCCUCCCCCUGCACUGUGUUGCUUGCUGUCUAAGAGGCCUCCAUGACUCUGACAUCUGCAAACAGAGGCAUUAUUGUCCGCCUGAGGCGAGUCAGCAAGUCAAAGCAGGUCCUCUGAUAGGAGAAGAAUCUCUGAAGCAGCCUACAGGAAUCCAGGAUAUCUCAGUCACAGGCCUAUCUAAUGAUCCACUGCUGACAAACCAGAUCUUGUAACUGAUAAUGACAAAUCAGGUCAGCAAAUAAAAGGAUUAGAUCACUGAUCCAAAUGUUUUAUGUACUUUGUGGGGGGUUCCUGCAAGAGCCAGAAUUCAAGAAUUUUAAUCAACAGAAGUAUUUCCAAGCUCCAGAUGACCUCUAACACAUGUUUUUCACUUCACAAAUCCACCAGGAACCAGGUAGCCUAUUCUUGUUGGACUGUAAAGCUUAAAGUUUUAAAGUUUACCAAUCCAGCUCAGCUAAGUUGUCAGUGUGACUACUGUUACAGCCCAAUUUAGAAACCUAAGAUGCUUUUUAUGAAAAGAAACUUCCCCCAGACUCUCACCUCUACAGAGGCCCUGAAGGUCAGCUGCUCCAACAUGCCACUGAACAUCAAAUGUAUUUUCCUAAACCCAAAUGCAGUUUUUCUGCCAAUGAAGAACAAAUUCAGUAAAUGCAAAAUAAUGCCAUAUGUCCUAAUCAAAGUAUUUAUUCCUGAAAUAUCUUUGUGUCAUGAGAAGCCUUUGAGUUAUGUGAAAUUGUUUUGGUGUUUCAUUAACAUUUUUUUUUCUUUAUGUUUGAAUCUCUAAUGUAUAAUAAAGUUAUCUUUUAGACGUGUUUUUUUUAUGUGAUUUUGAAUUGAAAAUUUUUAGGAGACAAUCUGUCUUAAAGUGCUGUGUUAGUGUUCAUUUGUUGUUUUUUUGCUCUGUAUUCAUAAAAAUUGAUUGAACUGAUCAAUGUGAACUGUCUGCCAUGUUUGAUUUCCUCAUAGCUCUGCUAUUGACCAGAAGACAAAAGAGAAGGUGGCCAUCAAGAAGCUGUAUCGUCCUUUUCAGUCGCUCAUUCACGCCAAACGGGCCUACAGAGAGCUCAGACUGCUACGACACAUACAGCAUGAAAAUGUAAGGAUGCUCUGCAAAUUAUAAGCAUGUAUAAUUUUUUAAAAAUAUAUUUAUUUUUAUUUGAGAGACAGAGAGGAAGCAGGUACAUAAAACUCUUUUUAGAUGUGAUGCAAUGAAAAAAACAGCAGAGACUCAAACAGCAAGAUUGGGAGACUCUGAGGGUGAUCAGACUUUGAUAUAAAGAUAAUCUCAUCAGAGUUCCUCUGAAAACUCAGGUGUGUGGUGUAAUGUCAGAGCCCUCAUGGUUCAGUAUUUUCAGUAAAAACUUUACAGAAACCACAAACACUCACAUAGCUCCCUUUAAAUGAGCUGGUUAUGAAUCACACUCAAAAUGUGAGUGACGACUCUCUCUAACCUGCAAAAGUAAAAACAAGCAUGAAUGACAACCUCAAUCCAGCAAGUGGGGACCUCGAAUAUUAACAACCUUGCAGAUAGUUUUCUGUUUAUUUUCCCAGGAUUUACUCGCUGAGAGCACUGUCUCAGGUUAAACCCCCGAAAUCUUGAGAUUUGAUUGAAAAUGUGGAUCCAUUGAUAUUAUGACUUUGUUGACCUGAAUCAGCUGCAGGCAUUUUUGGAAAUAUUGUACAAUGCAUGGUCCCCAGAGGAGAACAAAUGCCAAACUCACUGUUAAAAUCACAACUUUUUUAGUUUGCCAUCAUGACAUCAAAUUUUUGAGUACAUUUUAGUAAAUUGAGGGCUAAUUAUUGUGUAAAUUUGCUUUUCUGAAUGUUAAAGAUUCCCAGAGGAUGAUGCUCACAUAUUUAUUAGUGGUUUGGUUCACCUGCAAACAUUAAAAAUAUUCAAAGUUAAACUGUUGACGGUGCUAUGAGGAUAGACCUUUAAAAAAUGUGAUGUUUUUUUUUUGAACUAGGAAAUUUUCUCACAUGUGUUGGCUAGAUUAGCCCCUGUGGUGAUUAAUUAUCAGACUAGACAGUUUAGAGAAAGGUUAAAAAAAAAGAAAAAAGGCCAGAUUUCAUGUCUUUCACUGUUUAUAGAAACUAUGACAUCUAUGACAAAAUCAGUGUUUUUGUCUUUGACCUAACUGAAAUAAGUUUGCAUUGAGGUUUCAGCGUCACUAUUGUCAUCAGGGAUAAAUAUAGUGAGCCAAUUAAACCUGCGUGUAGAUGUAUGACGCACGUUCUGUAAACCAAACUUGUUCCACCGGUCUCAUGUGUCAGAAAUAGCGAAAGAAACUGUUUCAUUUUCAGUCAUGAUUAUGGCUCAUCACAGUCCAGCAAGUGUGAUCACUGGCACUAUUCAUCUUUAGCAUGUUGUGCUUCAGCAGCUACAAAUUAUCAGGCAGCCACAGGUGGAGAGAGGAGAGCAGGGAGAGGAGCAGGAGGUGGAGAGAGGAGAGCAGUUGGGGGCAGGUGUUUGAGCGCCUGAAAAGCCAAGGGACAGGAAAAGUACCGCAAAACAGAGGCUGUUGUGAUCACAAACGUGCACAAGCAUCAAUGGGCCAACAGCUGCCAGGUUUCACAGUGAGUUUGGCCUGAAUAACAAUAAGAUAUAGGACAUAGUCUUGGCGUUGUAGAAAUAGGGGCUUGAAAAUGCUGAACGAUGGGUUGGAUCAAAUGUAAGUGGUGGAAGAGCUCAGGUGUUUUGGUUUGAUAAUACUGUAAAAACACUCCACAAUGAGUCAUUUGAUUAAGAAAGUAUUAAUCUCAAAAUUAAGCAAAUCUCUAAAAGUGAAAAAUUAAAGCAUGGUCUCUUUCAUGUCUAUAAUACAUAUGAUAUUUGAACAUCCAUAAUAUCCAGUUAGACAGGCAGGCAUUAUUGAAUUUGGAGAAUUUGUAGUUUUAAAGCUUAAAAGAGGUUUUAAGUUGCAUAAAUACAUAUGAGGUAGAUGUCAAAUCAUGAGUAAUGUUUGAUAACUAUGAUCUGGGUAUCAAUAAAUGAAAAAAAAAUGUUGAUUAUUAUUUUUGCCAUAAUUGAGCAGCCUUCAGUGAGACCUGGCCCAAACAGAGUCUUCUCUUGUGGUGUGUGAAGUGGUUCUUGGAUGCUGAUGCUAAUUUUAAAGCUUCUCUGAGGCAUCUUUGGUGUAACUUGAUAAAACACCAGUGAAGGGAGGCACCCACUUGAUGUUGGCAAAGUGCUGCCUCUUUAUGCUCUUCUGUUUUUAUGCCUGGGUAUAAGUGUACAUUAGAUUACUUUACUCAUCACACACUGCUGUUGCACCUAGGGAUGCACAAUGUUGGAUUUUUAAAAUAUUUUUGAUAUACCCAACCCAUUUUGGCUGAUAUCCAUAUGGAAACUGAUACAAAUGAACAAAAAGUUUGUGAGGAUUCACUUUGCGAUGAUUAAUUUGUUAGCCUUCUUGUGAUGGUCUAUUUGUCAUAGAAACAGACAUGAAAACAACACAAACGACAUUUGAUUCUACCAUAAAAGAUACAGUUCGGUCAUUUGUCUGCUGUCUGUUUCCAAUACUUUCAAAUACCUGCAAAAAGUCUCAAAAUACGAGUGUUAUGAAUAUAUUGAAUUCUAAAUUCCCCUUUAUCCUUUUUCCUCAAAGGUGAUCUCCCUCCUCAAUGUCUUCACUCCUGACUCCACUCUGGAGAAAUUCCAAACCUUGUGAGUCUAAAAAAACACAUUCUUCUGUAUUUUGUUGCAGCUUGUCCAGACCCUGUGUGCAUGUGUGUGCAUGUAUGAAAAGUUCAAAUAAGGAUGUGACAGCGAGCUGUUGUUGCACAGUUAGUUCAGUUGGUUUAUGCAUGUUGUAGUCCCUCGCCAUAGCAACAAGUUCUUAUCAUCUUUGGCUUUGAGGCUGUCUCUUUGAGUACCUCUCUGUUGAUAUUUGACUGACUACGAUUUAAUUUCCUGUCUCUGCCCCCUUCACCUCUCUGUAGCUACAUGGUGAUGCCAUUCGUAGCUCAGGAUCUGGGCCACAUCAUGAAGAGAAGGAGGUUAUCUGAUCGAAUCAUCACGUAUCUCUUUUACCAGCUGUUGAGAGGGCUCAAGGUGAGUUCUAUCUCUCUAACUUUAUAUUCAUUGUUUCUGUUAAUAAUGCAGUCAGCACUCAACUUUAGGUGAAUGUUACAGAUACUCCAAAGAGAUAUUCCAAGAGAGCAUUUCAGAACCAAACACCGACACAGACAUGCGUUUACUGUAAAUAGUUUUGGUGUCAGGGGCUGUCUGAGUGGUAAAAGCAGGUUUAAUAUCACUACCAAGUGCUUUAAUGGUGUAAAUUUAAGGGUCUACAUCCAUUUUUGUAUCUUAAAAACCUCUGUAAGCAAACCAGUAAGCCAGAAGACCACAAACAAGACUGAUGAUUCCUAUAUUGUAGUUUUAAUGCCUAAAACUGCAGAGAGGGAGGAGAUGCUACUCUAAAUGUUCUAUAGGAUCCUUUUAAUUUCAUUUUCAGCAGCAGUUAGUGACAUAUUAGUGACAAGUGCGAAUAAAAAACAAGAAAAAAUAUGUUUUUGCUGGAAGAAUCUACUCAGAACUGACCACCAAAAUGAAAAGGUGUGCAUCUUAGCCGACAGGGGGCGCCACAUUUGACAUUAACUUAAAGUUUCUCAUGAAAGCCUCUACCUUUGCAUUUCAGAUGUUUGGCAGUUUACUGUUUUUUUUAUGAAAACAGGUUCAAGUUUUAAUUUCGUAUUUUCAGUCACUCAAGUUUUUGCUUUUUUGUGUUUUUAGCUUUUGUGGUUGAAGCACCUUAUUUGAAAUCCCAUGAAGUCAUAAAUUAUUUUACAGUCAUUAUUGUCAAGAAAACUGCAAGAGUCAUCCAAAUUUGUGUUUUAUACAGUAAUAGAUACAAAACAGAAUAAAACAAGUAGAGGUUGUGAUGAUUAGUGGUCAAGGGAGAAAGAAAAGGAGCACAUGCAUUAGCACAAGUGUUUAUUUGAUGAUGUCUGUGUUUAGUGAGUUGACAAAAUAACUUCCUCACCCUUGCUGGUCUACACAAGAAAUACCAGACAGUUAUUAUUACCAUUUCUCAUUUCAAUAGGCCUGAGAUGCUGGUUAUUUAUUGGCCCACCGCCAGCCAUGGCUGCAGCUCCUUUUAACAGAUAUUGGCCUAAUACUAAUGCUCUACCACCUGGAUGUUAAGAGACACAGACGACAGAUGGCUUCUCCUUGCCCAGUAAAGUUUGUCAGGAAUUGGAUCUAGAAAAUGUAAAUAAAAUAGUAUGAUUGAUGUUUCUGUUUAAACUUGUAUAUUACCACUGGAACAGAGUACUGUGUACCAAGCAUAAACAUGUGAAACAGAGGAUUAAUAAUAAAGAUACUAAGCAUAUGAUUGUUCAGUUAAUUAAAGUAAAGUUAAGGUUUUUUAUUUUCCAUCCAUUCGUUAUAUGCAUCAAAACAAGGGGUCAGCUCUGCAAAGCAUUGUGAUCACCCCUGACCUUUGACCCCACUCUACUCCCCCUUAUAAAUGCACCUAAUUACAUCUUCAGUUCAGUAACUACAAACUCUAUUCCCAGACACGAUGUCCUUGCAGCUCUACUCAGUGCUUGUUAAUGUUUAACCAAAAGUGUUCAAUGGAAAUGUGAAAGAAAUCACGCCUUUAACUCCCAAACUGGACCAACUUCUCCUGUAUGUCUGUUUGUCUUUGUAUCAAGCUGUAAACCUUUGACCCCCUGGACUAUUUCCACUUCUUAUCUUUGUACGAGCCAUUUAUGCACAAUUCUGGACUGGCUCUGAGGACUGGGGAAUGCAUUAUUUAAAGCCCUGCUCAGCUAUCAACAUAACUUUUUAUAUGCUUCAAUUUAAUUAGUUUCUUUUUUUUUCCUUUUGUUUACAGUAUAUUCAUUCUGCAGGAAUUAUUCAUCGGGUCAGUAUAUGAACUUUUUCUUAUUGUGUCUCGUCAAUCUCUGUUUUUUUUUCUUAUUAAUAUGAACUGUAACUCUGUUGCAGUGGUAUCUUUAUUUAUUUGUUAUACAUAUACAUUUUUUUUUCUUUUUUCUUCGUUUGCCUUUAUGUCACUUUUGUCAUGUCAUGUGUAACACCCAAGGCUGCAACAUCUUAACUUAUCUUCAUUUAGAGACUCAUGCAGCCAAUUCAAGGUUGAUUUGAAUUUAAACACAUGCAAAACUCAAAAAAGGAAUGUAAUGAAUGUGUCUGCAAACCCAGAAAACUAAUGCAAAAGAAAAUCCCUGCAUAUCAAGUCACCUCAACUGUAGCCUGAGUCACUUGCUGAGGAUGGCUAAGUCGGUUGCAGCCUAGUUGAUUUGUCAGCCAUGCACAUUAGAGAUUAGUUGGUAAUAACCAGAAGGUGUCAUUUAAAGCAAAAAAUUAAAUUACUACAUACAUUCUCUGAGGCCUGUAACCUCCCAAAUGGCUUUUUUGGCAAUGGCAACACUUAUGUCCUCAACCUCAGGACACUUUUUACUGGCAAUUGUAAAAAUCUCCUCUGCUGCCCUUCAUAGUGACCAUUUCUUCUUUUUUGAAUUGCACUGCUGUGUGCUCAAGGUUUGCCUUAAUUCUAGGACAUUUUUCCAAGGAUUGAGGCCUGGCUUUAGCAGCAGCUCUUGGGAAUUUUCCCCUUAAAAAAAUAAGUUUAAAGAGUUUAAAGUGCAUGGGAUAAACUCUCUGUACUGUAGUUGAGCCCCACCAUCAUUUCUCUAAAACUCGACUUUCUUUCUAGUGACAAUGCUGAAUGCAGCAAUAAAAUUGAUGGUUGGAGGUUAGAGUUAGCUUUUGGCUUUGGGGACUGGGUGCUACAGAUGUUGAGCUGUACUGGUCUGAAACAGAAAGAAGCUUUUUGUAAGCAUUUAAUACUCUGCAGAUACAGGUACUGAUAUUUUAGAGAUGUGUCUUACAGAUGCGUUAAGACAUGGGUCUAUUUUUCAGUUACCUGAGCAAAAGACACAAAACUUAUCAUUUUUCAGACUUUUGUUUUACAAAGUUGUGCUUUGUUGCAGGAUCUGAAGCCGGGUAACCUUGCUGUGAACGAGAACUGUGAGCUAAAGGCAAGGAUUAAAAGUUCAGAUAAUAAAAGCUCCAGACCAUACUGAUCAGGUCUUAAAGAUUUUGAACAUUUGACUCUUGAUUCUUCUUUCAAGUGCAAAAAAAGUUAAAAAAAAAAAAAAAAAAAACGUAAACUCAAGCAAAUACAAAAAUAAAUAAAAUAAAAUAAAAUAAAUAAAUAAAAAAUCCCAUCAGCUUCUUUGUUACUCUUCUUAGAUCCUGGAUUUUGGCCUGGCCAGACAAACUGAGAGUGAGAUGACUGGUUAUGUGGUGACACGCUGGUACAGGGCACCAGAGAUCAUAUUCAACUGGAUGCACUACAGUCAGACAGGUAAGAACCUCACCUGCCUUCAACACCAUCAGCCAUUUUCAGUCUGUUGAGAAUAAACCAGAUUAUUACAGAUAAUUAUGACAAAGAAUUAGAUUGAUAAAACUAAAACCCCCUCUUUCUGCCUCCCUCUCUUACAGUGGAUGUGUGGUCAGCCGCCUGUAUCCUGGCUGAGAUGAUCACCGGGCAGGUGCUUUUCCAAGGACAUGACAGUAUCCUUAUACAAUCAGCCCUCCAAUUUACCAACUUACCAACUCCUACUCCAAUGGUGGGAUUUCCUAUGUUCAAUGUUGCAAAAUUUACACCAGUCUGAAUCUGCAUUGACAAAACUUCACCUAGAGCAUAUGAGUUAAGAGGAUACAAACAUAAAGGCAAUCAGUAAGAGUUACCAUAUAGAAGACUCAAAUGCAGACGAGUUACAGAGAAAAUCUGAGUGGUGUCAGAAGAAGCUGCUUUAUUGUUUCAGUUUUCUUCAUGUGCAGAGACAUGGAGCCUGCUUUCUGUCUUAUAAACAUGUGACUGCCCUAAUACCUUCUUGUUUGCUGUCCACUGUGCUUUAUGAGGCCUCCUUAACCAGAGUGUUCAGGUAUUGAUCAGCUGAAGAAGAUCCUCCGUCUAACAGGAACCCCAGACUCCUCCUUGGUUCAGAAGAUGCAGAGUAAAGAUGUGAGUAUCUAAUGGUAUUUAAGUCAAGACAGAAAUACAUUGUGAGUUUAGAGUACUAAGAUUUUAUUGAAAGGACACAAAUGAGCUUUUAUUUAUCUUUACAUCAUAUGCUUUGCGAGGGUCUUAGUCCAUCCUUUUCAGUCCAGCAAAAAAAACUGUUUGUUUCAGGCUCAAUCAUACGUGCAAGGGCUUCCUCUACAAAAGAAGAAAAACUUCAGGGAAGUGUUUCAGACCAUGGAUAAAAAUGGUGAGCUGCCUUUACUUUUCUUGAUUUUAAUUGAAAAAGGAAAGUUCUUUUGUCUGUGACAUUUUCUUUUCCAUUCUGCACCAACAUAGCAAAGUCUUUAGCCAGUUAUUUUCUCUGCAAUAGUAAUAAUAUGUUUCCUGUGGAAGACAGUGACUCUCCAGUAAUUUAGCAAAGUUCCUCAUUAUCCCCAUAAAAGGGAUUUAAAGAGCCCAGGAGGGUGGAAAAUAGUCUGUAAUAAUAUUAUUUCGAGUCACUUUUAAAAAGCCAUUGAUAAAUAGGUAAAUAAUUUCUACAUUCAAUGGUUCAACCCAUUUUUCCAAUGAUCUGUUUAGUGGUUAUGGGAAUUUUGAACUUAUAAAAUUGAUAAUUCUUACAAUGUGCUUCAGAAUAGGGCUAAUAUAAUUAAUCUAUUGACGCAUAUCAGUGCUGAGAAUUCUGUGAUGCCCUGAGAAAUGUCUGUUUAACAUCUAUACACUCAGGAGUGGACUUUGUUUGUUGGUCUUUGUGGUGUUUAGGUUUCUGCUCAGUGUAGGUGUGUAGUCUAAGCAGAAGAAGCCUUUAAUGUAUACAGGAAAAAAGAGUCUAUGGAGAGCAAAUUAUAGUCAUGAUAUGCGUUAUAGAAUCGUGACUGGAUGAGAGAAGGCCCCAGCAGUAAGGUAAAUCAAAACAUACAAAAAAGUUGACUCAAAGUAAGGAUUUAUAGCUGAUUUUAUUUAUUAAUUGAUGAUUUAUUUAAACAGCAAAAAAUAUAGCCCCUCUAAUCCACAGUUGGUAGCACCAUGGCAACGGUAUCAUCAUCAGCUGAUCAACAAUGACCCCAGUACAGAGCAGAAGAGAUGUCAUUGAAAUAGAAAGUCUGUUUUGAGAUUAGUCAUUUGGACACGUAGGAGAAUGGCAGAGCUGUAAGCUAAAAUGGGCCGGUGUUUAAAACAGCUGAUGUUAUUUGAGCACAUCUUUUGGAGUUCAGUCAGUUUUUGCUAUUGUUGACCAGAUUUUAAAGAAACUAUCACUCACUGCAUAGAGAAGACCAGACAAUCUGCAGCUGAGAAAAUUCAUGGAUGGCCGAUGUUUUCUUCCUUUACCUCUCAUGGCCUCCAUAAGAAGAUAUUAAUUUAUUGACCGGUUAAGGCUAUGAUUAAAUAGCUCUGAAUAAAGUGCUUGUGUCUUGAUGUUUCCAGCUGUAGACCUUCUAGAGGGGAUGUUACUGCUGGACCCAGAGGAAAGGCUGACAGCCAAGCAGGGACUGUCACACCCGUUCCUGGCUGAAUUUUAUGAACAAGAGGGUGAGCCUGACUCAGACCCUUACGACGACUCUUUCGAGAGCCUGGAGCUGGCUGUUGGGGAAUGGAAGAGUAAGUAGAAGAAGCUGGAGUUGAAUCUUUGCAUAUCGAUAAUAAGAUCUGUCUGCAUUACAUUCCUCUAAAAUUCAGUUCUCGUUGAACAUUUUUAUCAUUAUUUUCUUUUUCUAACCCUAUCAGGUCUUAUCCACAUGGAGAUCAUGACCUUUGACCCUGACAACCCCUGUAAGACAGCCAUGUAGGAUGACGUGAAGACCUGGUUUCUCUCAAUGUUUUAAGGCACGCACAUAUCAAAUACUCUUUAGGUCAAGGACAUUGUCAGACUCGUGGGGAAAUAUAUAUAUACAUAAGAAUAUCCAAAAGAUAUGUUGGGCUGUGAAGAAAUAAUUUCACUCUAGUACAACCUCACAAUGUAUGAUAGCCUGUAAAGGACAAUGAGACGGUAUAAGGGUGUGUUCAGACCAGAAGUGAGGCUUUGGUUUUAUGCAGUAAGAUAAAAUAAAAAAGUAGUACCUUACAAGACAACUGAGGAUGGGUACACAGAUAACCAGCAGAGGGCGCAAUCUGCCUUUGACUUCUCUUGUAGGGCAUUAGACAUAGUGGCAGCAAGUGAG